GAUGGUGGACUGAAGGUUGAUGUUCAGGGCUGGACCGAUGGCGAGGGCUUGCUCAGCAUCCUUCCUCUCCUGGCCGAGGAAUCUGAUGACGAGGACGAUGAUGAAGGACAGUUCGAUGAUUUAGAGGAUGAUGAUGACAGACAACAAGCUGCUAAAAGCAAAGUGAAAGUUGACCCUCGAAGAGAGGUUACUUACGAUGUCUUCAGCGAGGAAAUCUGGCCAAAGAUUUGCAAGAAGUUUGGAGGAAAAUACCAUCCUUCACUGGUGUGGACAGAAAUCAUGUCCUUUAUCAAAGGGUCAUUUGAAGCCCUGUCAAAACCCUCUGGAAUUUUAGGGAAGGAAGAGUACUUCGAACUCGGGAAGAAGCGAGCUCCCAAUUUUACUGGCAGACGUACAGACAUGUACGAUCUCUUCAAGAAAUAUGACCAUUUCAAGAAGCAGAAAUUCCUGUUUGAUGAGACAGACUUGGUUCGGUCGGUGUACAACCGCCUAAAGCAGGAGACCGAUAUCUCUUGGGUAAUCCAUCAGGUGUUCGUAGAUGAAACCCAGGACUUUACACAAGCAGAGCUCUGUCUCCUCCUCCGAAUCUGUCAAGAUCCA